AGGCACGGUUACGCCCCGUCACCCCUCCACGCUGCUGAGACUUCCAAGCGUCUUCAGCCUGGGGUCUUGGGGCUCCGGAAAGGUCUCCCCCCAAGUGACCCGCGUUGAAGGGGAAGGAGGCCAAAACGAUGACGAAAGCUUGAGCUGACAAAGACAGACUGCAAGUUGCUUUCCUGGAGAGAAAGCCAGCCGAGCUACGAGCACACUUUAAAGAUGCGACGGGGCGGCUGCAGGGUGGAGCGGCACAACCUCUCCCCGCCGUCCCCGCGAGGGUGAGAAGCAGCAGCCGCGCCCCCCGGGCUCCCUGGGGGUGGGUUUGCAGCGGCCCGCGAGGCGGGGCGAGCGGCCCGGCCCCGGGCACCGCGCCCAGCGGGCCGCCCCCCGCUCCGGGCGGCGGCGGCGGCGGCGGCGGGCGGAUGGCGGCGGAGCUGGGAGCGGGGCUGCGCAUCUUCCGCGAUAUAUUAAGAAGAGCAGACAAGAAUGAUGAUGGAAAACUGUCCUUUGAUGAAUUCAAAGCUUACUUUGCUGAUGGAGUUCUGAGUGGAGAAGAACUGCAUGAACUUUUUCACACCAUCGAUACGCACAAUACUGACAAUCUUGACACAGAAGAGCUCUGCGAAUAUUUUUCCCAGCACUUAGGAGAGUAUGAAAACGUUUUAUCUGUCUUGGAAGACUUAAACAUAACCAUAUUGAAGGCAAUGGACAAAACAAAGAAAGACUAUCAGGAAGCUUCUAAUUUGGAGCAGUUUGUGACUCGCUUUCUUUUGAAGGAAACACUGAACCAGCUUCAGUCCCUCCAGAGCAGCCUGGAGUGUGCCAUGGAAACCACGGAGGAGCAGACUCGGCAGGAGAGACAAGAUCCAAAAAAUACAGAAGUAUCCUCAUUUCAGUGGCCAGGAAAACGCUCAGCUCGAAGGCUUCAGAGGAACAACAGCCUGUCACCGAAUAGCCCUCAUUUUAGCACAGGUUGGACUGAGGAAGACAGCCAGUGGAUGACCCAGAUAAACAGACUCCAAAAGCUGAUUGACAGGCUGGAAAAGAAGGACCUAAAGCUUGAUCCAUUUGAAGAGGAAGUUUUGGAAGAAAAUGCAAGAUCUCACAUAAUGAUUGUUCAACGUCAAAUGUCUGUGAUAGAAGAAGAAAUCAAGGAAUUCCGGCUUGCUCUGAAGCAGUAUGUGGAAUCUGCUUCUACUCAGGGUGGCUGCUUGCAUGUUUCUAUACAGAAGCUUCCAAGUGAUUCCCGCUUCAUUGUUUAUGAGUUCUGGGAGAACAGCAAUGCCUGGAAUAGACACCUUCAAAUGAAUUACAGCAAGACAUUCCAAAGAAGCAAUGUGGACUUCUUGGAAACUCCAGAGCUCAUCACAACAAUGCUAGUCCCUGCAUCGUGGUGGGUCCUCAAUAACAACUAGAAGCUGUGGUUCCAAGUAAUGCUAAUGUUGCAUUGUUUUUCAUUACAAUAACAUUCAUAUAGCAGUGUACAGGUGUGCUGGGUUAUGAAUUUAUGUUGUGAUACUGUUUAUUAUGGAUGCGAUAUUUUCCAUUUUAAAAUAUGGAAAACUGCACAUUACCUUCUCUUCUUGUGACUCGUUCAGUGAAAUGAUGCAUUCUAAAAGCUGAAAUAAGACAACUACUGUAAACUGUUUAUUGUGUAUAUUCAGUUCAAACUGUCACAGAAAACUGUGUCUUGAUUGGUAUGACUAAAUAUUUGUGAAAAGUUUUAGUCACGUUAAUAAACAACUGUUACUUAA